AUCCAUUCAAAAUAAAUUUGAGCUGGAAGGAUAGCAUACACUUUUCGGAUGUUUAUUUAUCGAAAUUUGAGUCACUAAAAAACCUAUGUUUUCUUAACUUUUAGAGUAAAAGUUCGUGUUCACUCUCAUAUUUUUAGAUUUUUUCAUUACUUUUAAUUUUUCUCACUUAAUUUUGUUUAGAAUAUUGUAGUAAUAUGGCUAAACCGUGUCUAGAAAAAUCACAAUAUUUACAAACAAUUGGUAAUGGAUUAUUAUCUGAUAUUGACAUUUUUUGGACAGGACCCAAAGUUAUCUCUCGUCGUAUUGAUCUUGAUCAUAUUGAACAAGUGAAUAAAGUAUUAAAACGUCGUGUAAUCAUUUGGGAUAAUAUUCAUGCAAAUGAUUAUGAUCAAUGUCGAUUGUUUCUUGGACCCUAUUCUGGUCGUCCAUGUGAAAUAAUGUCUUCACUCAAUGGACUAUUAUCAAAUCCAAAUUGUGAAUUUGAAUGUAAUUUUAUUCCACUUCAUACAUUGGGACAAUGGUAUUCCUACUAUCAAAAACCAAUGACAAAAUAUGAUGAAGAAGAAGAGGAUAUUAUCAAUGAUCAAGAACAUAUAACAUAUGAGUCAUCUCGUGCUUUAGAACGAGCUAUUGUAGCGUGGUUACCAGAAUUUAAUCGGAUAAAGAAUUUUGAAGAUUCAAAUUUUAUUUUUGCUAAGAAUCUACAUUGA